AGCCAACGCCAUGCAGCUGCCGAGUGCGCACCACCACCUGUGCAACGACAACAUCACGCCCGACGCGCAAGACGUCUUGUACCACCUCGGUCUCUCGUACUCGCAGGACAACUGCGCCGAGCUCGCGUCCAUCUUUGGCGACGUCAAGUUUUUCGUGUGCGGUGGCAGCGCCGAGCGCAUGAAGACGUUCGCCCACAAGAUCGCCGAGACGCUGGAGAUCAAGACGCCGUUCGGCUACAGCAUCGCGCCCAUUGGCUCGACGGCGCGCUACGUCAUCUACAAGGUCGGCCCGGUCCUCAUCGCCAACCACGGCAUGGGCAUGCCGUCGACGUCGAUCCUCUUGCAUGAAGUCACCAAGCUCCUCGACCAUGCGGGGGCGACCGACACGAUUUACGUGCGCAUGGGCACGAGCGGCGGUGUCGGCGUCGCCGGUGGCACCGUCGUCAUUUCGUCGGCGGGCCUCAACCACGAGCUCGAGGCCAUCCACCGCAUCCCGAUUCUCGGCAAGGUGCACGAGCGCGUCGCGGUCCUCGACGAGGCGAUUGCGCUUGAGAUCGCGGCGACGUGCGAAGCGCUCGAGCUGCCGCACACGAUCGGCAAGACGCUGUCGUGCGAUGACUUUUACGAAGAGCAAGGCCGCCUCGACGGUGCGAUCUGCGAGUACACGAACGACGACAAGAUGGCGUUCCUCCAAAAGGCGUACGACGCUGGCACGCGCAACAUUGAGAUGGAAGCGCGCAUGUUUGCCGCGUUCUGCCACAAGCUACGCAUUCCCGCGGCCGUCGUCUGCGUCACGCUGCUCAACCGCCUCGAAGGCGACCAGAUCACGCAGCCCCAUGACGUGCUCGAGAGCUACGACCUGCGUCCGAUGGCAGUCCUCCUCGCGUACAUCAAGGCCAAGACGACGGCGACAGAAGAAGACGAAGCACCGGUGGACGAGGAAGCGUAAAAUGGUCUAGGAAGCUAAUCAAUGCAUGUAUUUUUGUGUCUUC